UAUGGCUAAUUUAUGGAGUCUUCUAUUUUGCUCUUUUAACUGCUUUAUCUUUAGAUUUAUUUUUGAUUGCAAACGAGAGAGGUUGUACAUUUAGUUGCGCCUGAAAUGUGUAUGAACUGAUACCUUAUUUUAUACUACAAUACAAAAUUUAUACAUACAAAAUUUGUACCUACGCAACGAUAUCUUUUUUGGUUCUGAUAGUGAUGUUUAUAUAGUAAAAUACCGGAAAUACGUUUUAACCUACUUCAAAAAAGAGAAGAGGUUCUCAAUUCGAUCGUAUUUUUCCUCUUGACAUUGAAUUGUCAAACUGACAUUGAAGUUGUGCUCAAUAUUUACAAACAAAACAAUUUAAUUGUAAACUGCAAAUGCAUAAAGAUAACUUGUUCAUAAUUGUAUUUAUUUCACUAAAGUAACAAAAGUUUCCUUACUAUUGUUUUAUUAUCGAUAACAUAAUUUAAGCUAGCUUAAACUGAUAACCUGUACACGUUAGGUAAGAUUGUAAUAAAAACACUGGAGUAUCAUGGUACUUUCGCUCCUCCUCAAUAUUUUGCCUCAUGCAGUGGAGCCAGUGGAUAUCAUGCAUUGCCUGGUCGCGGGUCCCACAGUCAUGCUGUCCUUUUUUUUGAUGGUACUAUACCUAGUGGACCAGGUACAGAACGAGGUGGAAGUCUAUUACCUCAUCAUAGAAAUAGUCUUCACAGUUAUCGCGUUCUUCAACCUUUUCAUAGUUGGCAAACUGAAGGGAGCCAUAUAUGGACUUUUUUAUGUUGAUUUAUUGAUUGCUUACGGAAUGGAUUUACAUGCUAUUUAUAAAGAACGAGGUCUCACUUUCUGAUGUAUUUUGAACUUUACAAACAACGGGAUUGAGGGGGAUACACUGAUAAUAGUCCAGAAGCUGAUAAGAAUUUCCGUUGAUAUUUAAGUGAACUGUUAACACGCUAUUAUGGCCAGUAAAAAUUGUUUGUGUAAACUGCGUAAGUUGAUUGUGUUUUCCUUAUUGAAAAUAUCUAUGGCCGUGUUGGGAAGAGUUGCAAGGAUGACGUUGCGUGAAUUAUUGUUGUUUAUUUUAAUAAUGUUCAUGUUCAUUGUCAUUUGGACUUGGAAUGAUGAAAAACGUGAGUCAAGUGCAAAUCCAGUCAUAGUCUGGUGGACUAAUGGCUUUCCUGGUACACAAGGCACUAAAUUGUGCCCUGACAAUUUAAAAUGUGAAGUUUUCUGUGAUAAAAGCAUACGGAAUGGUGAUGCAUAUUUAUUCUAUGGUAGCAACAUAAAUAUUGAAGACUUGCCCCUACCAAGACGUGCAAAUAAAGUGCUAUGGGGAUUAUACCAUGAGGAAUCGCCAAGGAAUCUUGAAGAGUUAAUGCAUGAAGAAAUGCUUAAUAUUUUUAACUUCUCAUCUACCUAUAGUCGUUUCAGUGACGUGCCUUUUCCUUUGCAACAUCUGAAUUCUGCUAAUGAAAUUACGAAUACAGAGUAUUUUGUCGAAACCGCUGAUAAGAACCGAUUUUUAAAAGAUAUAAGUGCAAUCAUGUACUUGCAAUCUGACUGCGAAACAUCCACCGAAAGGGAUCAAUACGUGAAGGAGCUUAUGAAACUAAUAAAAGUAGACUCGUAUGGGCUUUGCCUGAAAAAUAAGGAGAUGCCCUUAAAAUUCACAGAAGAUUACUUAAAUAAUUUAGACAACGAGGAGUUCUUGAAAUUCGUCGCAAGAUACAAGUUUGUUAUUGCGAUAGAAAAUGGCAUUUGUAAUGAUUAUGUCACUGAGAAGUUUUGGCGUGCGAUCAAAAUAGGCACUGUACCAAUUUACUUCGGAUCGCCGUCAGUAAGAGAUUGGUUUCCAAACGAACAAUCCGCUAUUUUAAUUAAGGAUUAUCCCACGCCAAAGGCUUUAUAUAAUCACGUUAGAAUGUUAUUAGAAAAUGAUACGUUAUACGAAACUUAUUUAGAACAUAAGACUAAACAAAUAAUAACAAAUCAAAAGCUGGUUGAAGAGUUAAGAUCGAGGCCAUAUCAGCUUAACGCUUUGGAGACUGUUGAGAAAUUCGAAUGUUUUGUUUGUAAAAAACUGCAUGAAAAGUACAGAAAGAUCAGUAUUGUAGACAAAAAACACUAUGAUUGCCCAAAACCUAUAUCGGCAUUAUCAUUAUCAGUUAACCCGCGAAAUGACUGGGUAUACUCGUGGCAAGCAGCGAAAGACAGAGUGAAAAAAAUAUACAAAAAUUUUACUGAAGAAUAAUAUAUAUUUGUAUGUUAAUAUAUUUUUAUAUUUGA